AUGUCGACUUCUCAAGCUUUACACCACAGCGGUGUCUACAACUAUUUCCUGAACAUGGUGGCUUAUCAGAUAGAGACAGUGAGGGAGAAUGUGCCUUUCUUUAACAUGGUGUGUGAUGAGGCUCAUGGUGGAGGAGACUGUCAGAUGCUGGUGGGCUACUCUGCCGUCUACAGGGUGUGUUUCGGCACAGCUUGUUUCUACUUGAUGAUGGCCAUCUUCCUCAUUGAUGUGAAGUCUAGUCAGGAUUUCCGAGCCCUCAUUCAUAACGGGUUCUGGUUUCUGAAGUUCAUCACCAUGCUUGGAAUGAUUGCUGCUGCCUUCUUUAUUCCCACAGAAUCUUUUUUGCAUGCCUGGCAUUAUGUUGGAGUAGUGGGAGGCUUUGCUUUUAUCCUCAUUCAACUCAUUCUCAUCACUGCUUUCGCUCAUACAUGGAAUAAAAACUGGUUAACCGGUGCAGCUGAGAAUAAGAGGUGGUACGUGGCAGUCAUGUGUGCUACCCUCUUUUUCUACACCGUCGCCACCAUGGCCUUCACUUUUAUGUACAAAUACUACACUCACCCAGCGGGAUGCCACCUGAAUAAAGCCCUGCUCUGGACUAACCUGGCCCUCUGCACCAUCAUGUCCUUUAUUGCGGUCACUCCCUGUGUGCAGCAAAAGCAGCCCCGCUCAGGACUCCUGCAGGCUUCCAUUAUUUGCUGCUAUGUCAUGUACCUGACCUUCUCUGCUCUAUCCAGCCGCCCACCAGAGAAGGGUAAGACUGAAGGCAUGCUGGGAGUUUAAUCCCAUCUCAUGUGCUACCCCAAAGUCAGCAGGGAUGAGAUUCAGAAUGAAGGCAAUGUAGUGGCCAUUAUUGGGGCUGCAAUCAUGUACUGCUGUGUUCUCUUCGCAUGCAAUGAGGCUUCAUACUUAGCUGAGGUCUUUGGACCUUUCUGGAUGAUAAAAGUUUACCGCUAUGAGUUCCAGAAAGCCUCCUGUUGCUUCUGCUGCCCAGAGGCCGAAGAUGAGGAAGAGUUCGUCAUUGACGAGAACAAAGGCUGUCAGAAAGUCAUCCACAGUGAGUCCCAUCGCGUCGCCUACAGCUACUUUUUCUUCCAUUUUGUUUUCUUUCUGGCUUCCCUCUACGUAAUGAUGACCCUCACUAAUUGGUUCAGUUACGAGACUGCUGUGCUGGAGACCACCUUCACCCAUGGGAGUUACUCCACAUUCUGGGUCAAGCUGUCCUCCUGCUGGGCGUGUGUGGUUCUGUAUCUGUGGCUCCUCCUGGGUCCCCUGUGCCACUGCCAGUCUGAUCACAAACGACCUCGCCGCGCCCGCAUCAAGAGACGGGCCGCCUCCCACCGCCACGUUAGCGUCAGCGUGUGAAUAACAGACUGUUCAACAGCGUCAAAGACAGUGGGGAUGGGUGCCGGUUACUGGGGAGUUCCACCCCAAAGGAAAUGGGUCACAGUGGAUCUCUGAACACUGAAGAGCAGACUUCAAUUAAAU